GAUUCCCCGAUCUCCCCUCCCUCCCUGCUCGCCUUCCUCUCUCCCCGCCUCCCUCUGUCGGUCCCCGCCUCUCUCCGUGCUGGCGGAGCCCGUCUCGCCGUGUCCCUCGGCGGCAGCCGUCGCGGGCGGGCCGCGAUGUCGCUGUGGCUGCGGCGGGGCCGCGGCCCGGAGCGCAGGGCGGCCGAGCGGCGGGAGCUGGAGGAGCGCAGCCGGCAGCAGUGGGAGAGCACCAGCCGCGCCUUCGCCCGCGCCGCCGCCUGCUGCUCCCUGCAGGCGCGGUGGAGCGAGCCCCGCGUCCCCCGGCCCAGGUACGGCCGCGGUCCGGCGGGGUCCCGGGGCGGUGCCGGGCUCCCCCUGACUGCCGGUGUGUGCGGCAGCGCGGCGGCGACGCGGCGGGACGCGGAGGCGGCGGCGGAGCGGCUGCAGCGGCGGCGGGAGCGGCUGGAGCGGCUGCUGGGCGAGGAGCGGGAGGCGCUGGCGGUGGAGCUGCGGGAGCGGCGGCGGGGCGGCCUGCGGAGCCGGGAGCUGCGGGACGGCCCCGGAGAGUGCGGGAGGAAGUUUGCUGAGCCGCUGCUGCACGAGCACUGGAACAAAAACAACGCAGAGCUCCGAGAGGCGGAGUCAGAGCUGCACAGGAAGCACGUGAGAGAGGCUUGGGGUGACCAGCUAACACAACAAAACAAGGAAGAGGUGACCAAAGUCGAAGAGAAGAAACGUUAUGAAAAUGAGUACGAAACGGCACGAGGGGAAGUGCUGGAAAGAACGAGACAAGAGGAAGAGAAGCAUCAGCUGGAGAAGCAGCAAGCAGAGACAUUGCUUCAGCAAAUAGAAGAACUGAAAUUGCAGGAGACAAAGGCAACAAAGCUGAAAAAGGAACAAGAGAAUUUAUUAAAGCAGCAGUGGGAGCUGGAGAAUUUGGAAGAAGAAAGGAAACAAAUGGAAGAGCACCGGAGAAAAAAAGAGCUUGGUCGCUUUUUGAGGCAUCAGUGUGAUGUCCAGUUAAGGAGACGAGCACAGCAGAUACAGGAGGAGCUGGAGACAGACAGGCAAAUCUUAUCAGCCCUCCUGGAGAAAGAAGAGGAGGAUCAGCACUGGCAGAUCACACGGCGGGAACGGGCCGUGGCAGAUGUGGCCUGGAUGAAGAAGGUCAUUGAGGAACAGCUCCAGCUGGAAAAGGAGAGGGAAGCAGAACUCGAGACUAUCUUCAGGGAAGAAGCAAAAAAAAUAUGGGAGAAGAGGGAAGAAGAAUGGGAAAGAGAGAAGGUGGCCAGAGAUCGCCUGAUGAGUGAGGUCCUUGCAGGCAGACAGCGCCAGAUCCAAGAGAAGAUGAAGUUAAACAGAAGGGCCCAAGAAGAGUCCAUUAAGUAUCGAGAGCAGCUGAUCAGAGAACUCGAGGAGGCGAAGGAAGGGACUCGUCAGGAGAAGGAGCAGGAGGAGGAACAGCAGAGAGCCCGCAGGAGGGAGCUGCAGGCACAGGGGACAGAGCACAGCUUGAGAGAGGAGGAGGAACAGCAGGAGGGAUCAGCCCAGCAGCCCCUCGAGGAGCUGGAGCGGCAGGAGGGCGAGCAGGGCUGGCACAGCAGGUUCUACAGUUCCCCAAGAGCGGCUUGGACCUGAGGAAUGAGCACGAGAUGCAGCUCCAGACUACAGGAAGAAAACUCUGAGGACCCAAGGAACUCCUGAAAUAAUGGUGCCUCUGGAAUAGCCCACAGUCAGCUCAGGACUUGACUGAGUAGACUUCUGGAAACAUUUAGUUGUGACCAAGCUGAAGAGGAGAAAAGUUCUACUGUCUUCAGGAACGUGGAGGUUGUGGCACCUUCAGAGGAGUGAACUGCUUCACUUUGCAUUCUGGAGUUGUGCUCAUGCGUUUUAGUACAUGAGAGGCUGAAGCAACCCAGUAAAUAAAAGGGACCAGUGGACCUGAGCCACAAAGGAGUCUGUGUCUCCCCAGGAACAGGAGCUGAGAAACACCACAGGCUGUGUCAGACUCCCACCUUGGAGAAUCAGGCAGUGCCUGGGUUUCCACUGGACUUUGAGGAGUUAAUUCAUAAUGCACAUUGCAAAUCAGUCAGGUCAUGUGUGCUGUGGCAGCACUGCCUGUCCAAUUCCUCUCCAGAAGGUCCUGGAGAUUUCAUUAAAUGUUGUUUUUCACUUGUUUAAUAAAUAAUGAAUAAUUGAAACCUCAACAAGGAUUUGGAUUUUUUUAACAUGAGCAAACUACUGCAGCAACAGGAGAGGAGAUUGAAUUAAUUAUUGCAGUUCAUU